UCCAGCUUGCCAAACCACAUCUUUUUAAGCCUUAGAUGAGCUUGUGGGCCCCACCUUUCUCUCGGGCCAAUCAACGCCAUCUCCAUCCCAUGAACCUUUUCUAUCUGUUCUUUAGCUUCUUUUAUGUACAUUCUCCUUUCCAUCAUCUCCAACACCUCACUGCAUCAUGCAAGGAUGCAUCAUGCAAGGAAAGCAAGGAGAUGUCAUGUGGCCUGGAUUAGUAGCUAAUAAGCUACUUCGAAAACCGUUGGGCAGCAACCGAUUCGUCACCGACUUCCCAAACACCGAAACCAUUCUUGAAGGCCCACCCUCAAUCCAACCCUUCAUUCCCAAGGAACUCUCUGAUGAUCAAAAGGACUCAUACAAGUACAAAAUUUUUUCUGGCACAUGGAACGUUGGAGGUGUUGCGCCACCUGAUGAUUUAGACAUGGAGGAUUGGCUAGACACAUGCAAUAACCAAUGUGACAUCUAUGUUCUUGGGUUUCAAGAGAUCGUGCCGUUGAGCACCGGAAAUGUUCUAGGCCCCGAAAAUGGUAGAAUUUCUAUGAAAUGGAAUUCAUUGAUUCGAUCUGCUCUAAACAAGAUGGUGCCCACCACAAAGAAGAACGUCCAAGAGGCGAAAGUGGGGGAGAAGCAAAAGGUUUAUCCAUUCAAGGACGGCGAUUCAAGAGAAAGCGUCCCACCGGACUUCAAGUGCAUCAUCAGUAAGCAGAUGGUGGGAAUUUUCAUCUCCGUAUGGAUGCGAGCCGAUCUCCGGUGGUAUGUCCAGAAUCCAAGCGUCUCAUGUGUUGGUUGUGGGAUCAUGGGUUGCCUCGGAAAUAAGGGCUCGGUAUCAGUUCGAUUUCUCCUGCAUGGAACGAGCUUCUGCUUUGUGUGUAGCCAUUUGGCAUCAGGAGGGAAAGAAGGCGACGAACUGCACCGGAAUUCAGAUGCCAUGGAAAUAUUAUCAAGAACAAUCUUCCCGCGUGGCCCAUCUCUAGAUUUGCCGCGAAAGAUUCUUGAUCAUGAUCAGGUAAUCUGGUUAGGCGAUUUGAACUACCGAAUCUCUAUGCCUGAGGCGACAACCCGAUCAAUCGUAGAAAAAAUGGAUUGGGACAUCUUAUUAGAACAUGAUCAGCUGACGGCUGAGCUCUCCGACGGCAGAGUCUUCAAAGGUUGGCACGAGGGGGCGAUCGAGUUCGCGCCCACAUAUAAGUAUCAUCCGAACUCUGAUCAAUAUUACGGUUCCGAUCAAGGUAAAAAGGGCGAAAAAUGGCGUGCUCCGGCAUGGUGCGACCGGAUUUUAUGGCAGGGCAAGGGAUUGAAGCAAAACCAGUAUGGUAGAGGUGAAUCCCGGCUGUCCGAUCACCGGCCCGUUCAAGCGAUUUUCACUGCCGAAGCUCAAAUCAUGAUGAAUCCGAAGACCUUCAAUAGCUUCUUAUUGUCUGAAAGAUUCAAUCAAGAAGCUAACUGUUCUGAUAUUUUUUCGAACAAUAAGAUCUUAAGUAAUGCAAGACGGAGUAUUCAGAUUUAGGGUUUUGGCAUAAACAGGUUGUUAUUAUGGUGCGAGACCCUUCAAAUCUUAGAGCUUGGGAAGCUCUUAUAUGUAUGUAUGUUUUGGGGACUACGUACAUAUAAGUGUACGUGUUUUUCUUAUGAAGGAGGAGAUCAUAGUGGCAAAUCGCCUUCUCGGCAAUUUCACAAGAGAUUUUGGCAUUUUUUUUCCAGAUAUUAUCAAGAAAAUCUUGCUGAAUAUAAGAUAUUUAGACGUAUCUGUCGAGGUGGUGGCUCUUUGUACGCUUAAAGUCCUGAAGUGUUUUGCUUUUGGGAAACGGCUCCCAUCCUUAGUUGUGCUUACAUAUGAAGCCUUGUUUGGUGAGCUAAAAAAGGUUGUAAGAGAUAAAUCUCAUCUAGAUUGUUGUUCUGUCACAACAAUUAAUGACUUGUACAUAAACUGCAAUUAUAAAUAAAGAAGCUCCAUGCUUCUUAA